CGCCCUCUCACCCGCCCACCCCUCGCGCGAAAGAACGUGAGAAACAAAUACCCGCCUCGCCGACCGCAACUCCCCUCUUCCCGCCGAGGACAAAGCCGCCAAAACGGAUCCCGGAAGCCAGAACACCGCUCGCGCUCCCAGCGCUGAGCCCACUUCUCCCACCUCCCCGACCGGAUCACAGGCGGGCAGCCAGGCCUCGCCGCGCUUCCACCGGCCCAUCAUGCAGGCCAUGCCGGAUAACCGACAACAGUCUUUUGACGAAAUCUACGGCCCGCCUGAGAACUUUCUCGAGAUCGAGGUCCGCAACCCCAGAACCCACGGCAUGGGCCGCAGCAUGUACACCGACUACGAGAUUGUCUGCCGCACCAACAUCCCCGCCUUCAAGCUCCGCGCCUCGAGCGUGCGCCGCCGCUACUCCGACUUUGAGUACUUCCGCGACAUCCUCGAGCGCGAGAGCGCCCGCGUCACCAUCCCGCCCUUGCCGGGAAAGGUGUUUACGAACCGCUUCAGCGACGACGUGAUCGAGGGCCGCCGCGCGGGUCUCGAAAAGUUCUUGCGCAUCGUCGUCGGACACCCGCUUCUGCAGACGGGCAGCAAGGUCUUGGCCGCUUUUGUUCAAGACCCUAACUGGGACCGUAACGCGUGGUGACUGAAGCUCCGCGUCAGCUUCUCCUCGUCCGUUUCGCGAUCACCGAAUAAACUGCGCAAGAGGCCGCCCAAGCACCAUCGCAUCGACACGCAGCUCGAAGAAGGGCUGACGGCAAAGAGCUCCAUCUCUUAUGAAUGAAGAAACCCCAUUUAACGCCUGAGGGUUGCUUGGAAGCUAGGGACGUGUGCGGGUGUGUGUGGUUUGGACAAAAUUGAAGGGGGGCAUAAA